CACCAUAGUAAAACAGAAGAAAGCAAAUUCAUUUUUGAAGCUGUUUUGAGGAGAGGAUAGGAGCUGAAGAUAUCACAUCGUCUAACGGCCUUGUUGAAUAAAUGUUUGGGCGCUUGAGGCGAAAGUUGUGACUAUGGCAUUGGUGAUCCAUCAAUUGCAGGCCAUUUUUAUUGUACUGCAGGGUUCUUAUGUAGCAUUUCGUUCAAGGCCUUUAUCAUGUAGGAAAGGAUUGACAUUAAGGAUACCUGUAGCUACACUUCAUAUGCUUGGGAGAAGAAAGAAGGGCACAUCACUGAGGCACUCUACUUGUUUAUGUACAGGGGCUCAUACUCUUGGAUUGGACUCCAAAAAUAUUAGAAUUUCUGCCUUCAAAGGCAGUGUUCUGAGUGAUGAAUCAGGAGACAGAAAACAUCAGGGGAAUGUUCCAAAGAGUUCUAUUAAAGUUUCUUAUGUUCCAAAAGAUGGUGAAGCGGCCACGAUAGAAUCUUCCAAGGCUCAUAAUGGUCCAGUUGCCUAUGCCUCGGAAACUGGUGAGAACGUUGUGGGAUCACCUGCUAUUCAUAAAUUAUUCAAGAAAUGGAUAAUUAUGUUGCGAUCACAGUCCCCAAGUCAAGUGGUGGAUGAUGCUUUGGGAGAAGCACCUCCUAAAGAUGUAUUAGAAACUCAAGUUGGCACCCAAAGUAAUAGAAAAGGCGAGAUUCUAAAGAUUGUUUGGUGCUAUUUCUGGGACAUGAAUGCUGCAAUCAAAAUACCCUUAUUAAUAUUUGUUCCAUGGUACCUUGGUGUCAAUUUGAUAUAUGGGGUCGAAGUUUCAAAGGAGUUGACUCCGCUAUGGGUGUUUGGGCCCCUGAUUGUUGCUCUUUACAUCAAGAUGCUUAGAGGCUUGUGCACGCUGUACGUUUUCUGCUCCAAGCAGAUGGUUCAACUAAUUAGGAAAUUACCUACUUACUAUCUCCUGGCUUCCAAUUAUAUCGCACGUGGAAAGCUGAAGGAAGAUGUAAGAGCUCUUGUGUGGCAACCUGUGGAAGACAUGAAGAACUUGGACUACAAAGAGGUAUGGAGAAAACAGGUGAAUGAUUUUCAAGAGCGGUUGAUGGAGAAGUACCUGGACUUUUUGGAAUCAAUAUGGCCAUAUUACUGCAGAACAAUCAGGUUUCUAAAGAAGGCUAAUUUCAUUUAGGAUUGGAGUUGUUUGAUCCGAGUACAGUGUUAGGCGAGGAAUUAAUGCAGUUUAGAGUUGGAAACUACAAUUUUGGAACAACAGAGGUAGCUGAGUGCAAAUCCCAUAUUUGUACGGGUGGUGCGAUGACAGUUGGAGUUAAAAAGGGUUCAAACAGAGGUAGCUGAGUGCAAAUCCCAUAUUUGUAACCGAAUGUUGUUCUUAUUCUGCCAUAUUUGUACGCGCUGUGUGAUUUGUUUACUUUCC